AUGUCAUCUUCUUCUAUGGUCCUGAGCGAUGGUGUGCGUAUUCAGCAUCCCAAGAACCCGCCGUCAUCUGAGCAAGUCGGAACUCUAUUGGACUUCCAGCACGCAAAGUUUGAUGAAUCCUGUUUGGAGGGCUCGCCCAAAAGGAUCUCGGAGGACUGGCCUCAAUGGAUCUUGACGGACUCAAAUGUGGGAAGCUUGGAGGGCUCGCAUCAGGAAACGGGCGAGGAGACCUAUAAGCGCGUAUACCCAACACUUCUAAGAAACGUAUGA